CUCCCGCUAAGCUGCCAAACGGGGCCGCUCUAGCCCUUCCGCUUCAGUGGCUCUCUCGUCCGGAGCGCGCUGAGGCGCUUCCGCCCUACCUCCUUCCCAUCGUGCCCCGCGUUUCCGGUUUCGCCUUUUUUCCUCUUUCCGUCCUCCGAGUGCGGCCUUAGAGGGCACGAGCGGGCUCCGAGGGCGGUUGGCGGCGGCAGGAUGUUGGCUUCUAGGGCAUGCAGCCUUAUUGGCAAACGGGCCAUUUCCACUUCAGUCUGCCUGAGGGCUCACGGGCAUGGGCUUGUGAAAGCGGAGGAUUUCAGCGUGCCUGCGUAUUACGAUUGUCGCAGUGUUCCUCUGCCCCCAGCUGACUUUACGAAAAAACUCUCUUCUGAUCAGAAGGCCCUGAAGGAAAAGGAGAAGGCAUCCUGGGCUGACCUUUCUGCCGAUGAGAAGGUUGCCUUGUACCGCAUCAAAUUCAACGAUUCUUACGCCGAAAUGAGCAAGGGAUCGAAUGAAUGGAAGACCGCCACGGCUGGAGUACUCUUCUUUCUCGCCUUCUCGGGCUUGAUUUUAAUUUGGCAAAAAAAGUACGUCUUGGGGGAAAUACCCCACACUUUUUCGGACGAAUGGCUGGCCAUGCAGACCAAAAGAAUGCUGGAUAUGAGAGUGAACCCGAUCGAAGGCAUCUCUUCCAAAUGGGACUACGAGAAGAACGAGUGGAAGAAAUGAACAGCAGUCCGGCCAUUUUAUUCCCUGCCCCGGUUUGACAUUUCUGAAACAGUUCCAUUGUCUUUGCGCGACUUUGCUGCUUCUGUGCUUGGCGAGGGGGAAAAAAACACAAAAACGAAAGCCCUCCAUUGGAAUUUAAACCUUAAUAAACGUCUGGUUUACUUGAAAAAAAACAAAA